CUGUGCUUCUCGGGAUUGUCAGUCAGAAUAGAAUUGAAGCGCCUGUUUGUCUAGGAAGAUCUGACGCACGACCUAGAAAAACCGACUGUCCCAUGUAUACAUAUAGUAGUCAGAUCCAAUUAUAAACUGUGCUUCUCUCAAAGAAAAAGAGAAAAACGUGGAAGGUUCAUUAUCUUCCGAAGGACCUCACGUCUCUUCUCUCAUGUAAUGGCUGCAAGUGUAAAACCAAAGUAUGACUUCGGUGUCAAGCGUUGUACACUAGUACAACGCUAGUAGGAAGGACUAGCAGCUAAUCAAGCCGUAAGAGGACGCCCGAGUGUAAGCACGCGAAUACUAGAUGGAGCGACAGCUGAUAAUUAGGUGCAAGAGCUUUUUAACGCCAUGAAGGAACAAUCUUUGUCGUCCAGGAUAGAGAAGGACAAAGACCUUCCUCAGAGGUCACAGAGCAGCGCAGCAACCUUAACUACCAUCGGUGCUGAUAUAUCACCUAGUUCUUCUCACUUUUUCGAGGUGCUUUACGUUGGAAAAAUUAAGGUACCGUACAAGAAAGUACCUGAAUCCUUUAUCGAUGACACUCUUAUAAAGUUUCGAACCCACGAAUUGGAGAAGACGAAAUCUUCGGAAUCCAAUCUGGUUACUGAAUGUCAACGACUGCAAAGACAAGCCAGCAUGAAGUUUACGACGUUAAACAUCCGAAGGGACAGCCAGGAUUCGAGUGCCAGUGACUUGGGAAGCAUAGAAAAUAUAUCGGGCAGUGGUAUAUUAUCGCCAACAAGUCCACUAGCUAAUUCCACAACUUUGGGAGGCUCUGUGGAAACUUUACAACCGACCGCUAUUAAUCCUUCAGAGAAUGUUGAACAAGAGAGUAAUCAAGUGCCAAAGAGAACUAGUAAUCCUAAAAUUCCGUCACCUGAAAUGAUGCGAAAUAGAGCAGCAUCGACAGGCAACGUUUUAACUGCUAGAAGAGAUUCCUCUGUAAAAGCAAGCGAUGAGCAUAAUCGUACGAUGCUCUUUCAGGUGGGCAGACACGAUUUAAGAUUGAUCAGUCCAGACAGGAAGCAAGUUUUGCUACAUAAACAAUUACGGGAUGUAGCGAGUUGCGUUCACGGUAUUAAAAAUCCUGAAUACUUUGGUUUUAUCUGCAGAGAAAUUGGUGUUGAGUGUUACAUUGGAUAUGUUUUCAAAUGCCAAUCUGAAUCUGUUGCGGAUGAUCUAGUUGGUGCGAUAACUCAAGCAUUUGUUGCAACAUGUAACAGUUCGAGAAAAGAGAGGCAUCCAGUAUUUUCAUGUGACCAUUGUCCUAUGGUCUGGUACAACAAGUUGUGCCAAGAAAUUGAUGGACAAAAUGAUAAAAAGACACAAAAUAUUAUUUUUUCACGAAUGGAAAUGUUACCGGAAGACGAGCAGGAAAUUGUUGUGACAAAAUAUAAAGGUGCUGAGGCAGCAGGUGGCUCAAGCACUGGAACGAAUUUACGGGAGCAAAACCAAUUUUUAAUGAUGUUGCUGCGUGCACAUUGUGAAUCUAAACAAGCUAGACACGUUCACGACACAGCUGAAAAUCGGAGUGAAUUUCUCAACCAGUAUUUAAGCGUUGGCGUAGGGAGCACAAUAUUUAUGAAAGCGAAACGUUCUCUAACGAAUAGUUUCGAUCAUUUAAUGAAAAGGAAAGGAUCACGUGAUGAUUUUGGAUUAGGAUCUCAAUUAAACUCCUCAAUUGUCAAAGACGGUAGCCAAAGUCCCGUGGGGUCUGGUCCCUCUUCAAUAGUAGACACUACACCUGAAUCUGGUAGGCCACGAUCAUUGAGGGUUUCUCCGGAGCAACAAUUAAAUGUAAAUACAGGACCAAAGAGCCCCAUGAUGGACAUAUUCCUCAAAGUAGGUAACUCACCGAAAGUUUCACCUACUGAAUCUGAAAAAAAUAAUAGACUGCAAUCUAGUGGUUCCUGGAGACAAGCGAUUUUAAAUCGCGUCGUAACGCCUGGUAAAGAUCAGGAAAUUAAAGGGAAUGAUAGUCCUGGCGGUAAUAGUAUCAAUAAAAAUAAUGAAAUGGUUUCGACACGAAGAACGAAGGAAGAGUUAAGGGAAUUAUGGAAAAAGGCAAUUAAUCAACAGUUGAUACUUAUCAGGAUGGAAAAGGAGAACGCCAGGCUGAGAGAACGUCAAGAGGAAGCGACAGUAAAGAGGAUAAAAUUGGAAUACGAUGAAUUAAGUAGUUGCGCACGAGAAUUAGUGGAGGUAUGGGAUCUGCUGGUCAGUAAAGAAUCAAGAAUAUCAACAAAGUGCGAUAAUCAAAUGCUCUUGCAAGCCAUUAAGCAAGGUGUUCCAAGAGGAAAGCGGGGCGAUGUUUGGCAAUUCCUGGCUGAACAAUUUUGCCUUAAGCAACCUCCGAUAGAUACACGCGACUUUCCGAACUAUAAUGUGCCCUACGAUCUUCUUUUGAAGCAACUUACUUCCCAGCAACACGCGAUUCUUAUUGACCUGGGACGUACAUUCCCCAACCAUCCAUACUUCAGCUCACCUUUGGGACCUGGCCAAUUAGCACUCUUCAAUCUACUCAAGGCGUACUCGCUCUUGGAUCAUGAAGUCGGCUACUGCCAGGGUCUCAGCUUUGUAGCUGGAGUUCUUCUUUUACAUAUGACAGAAGACCAAGCAUUCUUUCUUUUACGUCAUUUAAUGUUCAGACGUGGUCUACGAAAAUUAUAUUUGCCGGAUAUGGCGGCACUACAACUCCACUUAUAUCAACUAUCCAGGUUGUUACAUGAUCGGUUGCCAGCUGUCUAUAACCAUUUUGAUAAACAUGAAGUUUCGCCGACUUUAUACGCAGCACCGUGGCUGCUGACGUUAUUUGCUAGUCAGUUUCCACUAGGAUUUGUAACUAGGGUUUUUGAUCUUCUUUUCCUUGAAAGUUCAGAAGUCAUCUUUCGUGUGGCAAUGGGCUUAAUGGAAGAACAUCAAGAUCAACUGCUUUGUUGCGAUAGUUUUGAAGAAAUCAUGGAAUAUCUGAAAGUUCGAGUACCAGCAGUUGAUAAGAUGAUUUUAGAACGAGUAAUGAAGCGAGUCUUCUAUCCAGACAUGGAGAUGGCAAAACAAUUAAAUGAAUAUAGAGUUGAGUACCAAGUAUUGCAAGAGGAAAUGCUUUCAGUGAAGCCUCAAAUAGAAACAUUAGAAAAACUCGAAUUGGUAAAUAAGCAGCUGACCCAGCAGAAUGCCCAUUUGAACGAACAGCUCGAGAUUGCUAUGAGCAACUUGCACCGUCUGGAAACUACUCGUUCUCUACAUCAAUCGAACGUUCACAAGCUUGAAUCACAAAACCGUAGCUUGGAAGUGACUGUAGCAACAUUAGGUGCCUUUAUUCAACAAUUAGUUGAGACUCGUUCUGAUAUUGACAUGCCUGGCGAUGUACGUCGAAUAAUUGCCCAAUUGGGAGUCGCCGAGAAACGUCGCAACACCAACGUCAGAUCUUAUCCCCUUAAAGUUAUUGAAGACAAUAACAACAAGUACGAGCCGAUGAAGAGUAAUUCGACGGGCAAGGACUCGCAGAAACUCUUAAAGAGUAACAGCUCCGUCGACACUCCGUAUCCUUUGAAAUCUGCGUUGAGCCAGCCAAAUCUGGGUACUCGAUUGGAAAAGGUUUCUUCGUUCUUUGCAAAUUCGCACAAUCAUAUACGGCAACAGCGGGCACAAAUGGCUGCACUUAGAGGUGAAACGAAAGAUGAGGAAGGAAACAUCAAUAAUAAUGAUGAGAAUGAUCCAAAAACUGUUAAUAUUGAUAUUCAAAUAACUGAUACAAUUAACACAGUACCAAAUGGUAUUAUGCAGAAUGAUGGAAAUUUGAAGAUCGAACCGACUGGGUUAGAGAAGUCUAUUUCAUUGCCAUUGUCUAAUGCGAAAAUCAAGUUAAAACCGUCAAAAUCUGCGUAUGAGCUAGGAUACGUUAGGAAAGUUCCCACUACUAAAUUGGAAGAUACAUCUGGCGACUCUUUGAGUAAUUUGACAGGGACUAUACAUCCUUUAGAUACUUGUAGCGAUGUCAAUUUCAAAUACGGCGGUACCACUAAAUUGAAAUCCAUAAAGCCAGUUAGAGUGCCAGGUCCAAAUGGACAGGGUGAUAAUUUAAACAAAGAGAUUGAAGGUCAAAAUCCAGAAAUUUUCACGAGAUAACAAUUGUUGCUUGUUACCAUACAGGAGGAGAAUUUAAUAUAAGACAUUUUCCAGACAAAAUGCAUAAGCGAGAUUAAUGAUUAUUUUGGUUGAUACAUAGGUUUUAAUACUACUUAUUGUACUUGAUUCGUUGAUAUUUGCAAUCUCUUUUUCAGAUGGCCUCAGUAUAUUAAACAUUUAAUUGAAGAUUUCAGCCUUUUUUUUCUAAACUUUCUGUACACUUAAAUACCCAUCGACAUAUAGUACAAAUGGUAUCGCGUGUAACGUAUAUGUACUUAUACAUAUAAGAAAAUUUUGGUAUAUUAUAUAGUGUAAACGGUUGAAAAUGAGUCAAUACACGCAGUCUUUCAAAGCUCAUUAGAGAGAGAUCUUGACAUAUUCAUCUCCUUCCUAUGUAGGUUAUUAACAAUAUUUUUGUAAUUUUAGUAUAAUGACUUCAUCGUAUACACUGACUAAAUACACAUAUUUAUUAACUAAAUCUAUUGUGUUUGUUACCACCAUUUAUGAACAUGCAAUUCGUAUUUUUUUAAAUAUUCAUAAAUGUAUAUGCACUCAAGUAUGAUCCAAUAAUUGACUUCAUGUUUCAAGAUAAACAAAAUUAUACAACCCUUAAAAAACAAGAAAGAAAUGUCAUUAAUCUCGCUCAUAUGUAUAUGUAUCAACUGUUACCAGUAGGGAAGUAAUCAUAUCUUUGAAUCUUUAUGAAAUUUGAAACAACAAUUUAAGUGUCCACAAUUUAGACAUUGGACGGUUGCAUAACUGCCAACUUUUGAUAACCCAUGGAAUUAGUUCGUACGUAAUAUAUGUUAAAAUAGAAAAGAAACUUAACGAUUAUGUACUUAAAAUUGAUACAAAUAGAAACAAAUAUCAAAUAUAGUAUAAUUAAAUACUUAACAACAAUUAAAUCUUUGGGUUACUUAUAAGAAAUUUUUCGUUGGCUUGUAGUGAACAAUUUGGAUGAUAAAUGACUAUGUUUGACAGAAACACCACUGAGAGUGUAAACACAUUUGGUCGGUCAAAUAUCACAAUUGGUGCAAGGUUUACGAUCAAAUGACCAAAACAAACGGUAUUUGCUCCCUCAGUGGUACUUCUGCUAAACACAAGCCAAUGUUAUGUCAUGGACACCCAAAUGCAUAAUUCAAUUGCCUCUUUUGUUAUAUUUAUUUUGGAUUAUGACCAGACGAAUGAAACAUUUACUAUUAUAACGAUGUAUCUGAAGUACAUAAUGAAUGACAGAAUGUUAUGUGACAUCCAAUAAAUGAAUUUGUGAGUAGACCUCCAAUUAGUCUAAUUAUGGACGAGUCACGAGAUUGUUGUCUAUUCAAAACGAGAAUUAUAGCGUGUAUACCGUUUCACUAGACGUAGCCUUGAUUUCUCUAUUUUACUAACAGUAAGGAAAAUGUCGGAUACCGUAACUUCUUAAUGAAUAUUUAUAAAGAAGCGGUAAAGUCGAUGAAACAAUUAAUAUAUUUUGUAGUACAUACUUAGAUUUUUACUGUCCAGCCAAUAGUAAAUAACUGAUAAAUAUUUACGUCUAAAUACUUAGAAUUACCAAGAAAGAUUGAAAUAAAAAUAAAAGUGGUUAGAGUCGAUCAAAGAAGAAAGCAAAUAUAAUAACGUCCUAUUAGAUCCUUGUUAGAAACUCGUGAUCUUCGUAUUGCCUCUUUAGUGAUUGUAUAUAUAAUGUGAUUUACAGAGAUAACUUGAUUCGCGUUACACUUGAUUUGACUAUUACAAUUAUUUUGAAGAAUGUUUGGAAUCAGGGAUUUCUCUAUCUCGGACUUUGUUUCUUGAUUUGUUGAGCAAUUCUAUGGAUGGAGUAUUAUUGUUUUUCUCAAAUAUUUCAAGUUUUAUCUGAAUCCGUAAAAACUUUAUGUGAUCUUAUGCGACGUAUUUCCAACACUAUGUUUUAACACACAUGAAGAGUUCAGUGUUUUGAAAUUAUGCGAUUAAUUUUUAUUUUCAUAUUGGUAAACACAGUCGACGUUAUUAAACUGUAUAUAUUGAUUUCCCUAUCCUACACUAUUGACGCGUUUAACGUGAUUGCAAUUUUUGAGUUCACCUUAAUCUUGUUUAAGUAAAAUUUGAAAUAUCAAAUAUCUCACCUCGUGAUAAUACAGUAGUGAAUAAUUCUAGCGGUAGAUAGUAGACACACAGUAAGACGUUGUUCGGAAGGAAGGAUUUUCAGUUACUUCUCAAGUAUAUAUUUUUCUAUUUUACUUUAUCUCAGCUUGAAAUAUCUUUAUUUUUAAUGUGAUAUAAAACCGAAUGUACCUAUUACUUAAACCCUGUCCCAAAUGGAUGGUAAAACUUUAUCGUUUCAAUUGCACGUAAAUACAAGAUGUCCUGUUCAUAUGUUGUUGCACUCUUUUGCUCCCAUAUAAUUUGCACUUCUUACAAGUGUUUUUCAUGAUACAGCAAUGAACUUUAUUCCUUAUGUAACAUCUUCGUUUUUAUAUAAUGUAAAUGCAGAGAAGAUAUAAAAUAUACGAAUAUGAAAAACCAUAAUAA